AGUUGAGAUCUGCCUUGAAAUAGGAUCUGGAUCUGGUGUGGUUUCGACGUUUCUAGCUUCUUCCAUCCUUGGAUCCAGUGCAGUGUACAUAUGUACAGAUAUCAACCCCAUGGCAGCUUACUGCACACAGGAGACAGCUCUGCUUAACAAUGUUCACCUUCAGCCAGUCAUUACUGACUUGGUCAAAGGACUGUCUCCAAGAUUAAAUGGGAAGGUUGAUCUACUGCUGUUUAAUCCACCAUAUGUGGUAACACCUUCUGAAGAGGUGAAAAGCCAUGGAAUAGAGGCAUCCUGGGCUGGUGGCAAACAGGGAAGAGAAGUAAUGGAUAGAGUCUUCCCAUUAGUGCCAGACCUGCUCUCACCAGGAGGAUUAUUCUACUUGGUCACAAUUAAAGAAAAUAAUCCAGAUGAAAUUCUGGAAACAAUGAAGAAAAGUGGCUUAGAAGGCACACAAGUACUUUCCAGGCAAGCAGGACAAGAGAUGCUGUCUAUCCUCAGAUUUAGGAAGUCUUGAAAACUUCUUCACCUUCCAGGUAGUAGGCAUGCAGAA